AUGUUGAGGUUAUUUGGAUUUCAACUCGUUAUUUCAUCUUUACUUUUAUUUAGUCUUUAUAAUCCAAGAGAAACUCUAUAUCAUUCGGGUUUCGAUUUAACGGAAGUUUCAUUUAUUAAAGUAAAAAGCCCAUGCUGCAGUGCUUUAAAGCGUAUUAGGAAUCGUAUUUGUUGUUGUUGUUGUUGUUCUUCUUCAAGUUGUAAUUCUGAUUCAGAAGAUGAACAAAGUUCUGGUGAGGAUCUUCCCCAGGAGCCAAACCAACCUGUUAUACUUUUGAAAUCAGAAGCAUUCGAUCCUGACAAUAUUCCUCCGAAACCUUCUUACCCAGCCCCAAAACCUCCUAUGGGAACGAUCGAACAAUCACCACCUACUUUCCCGGAGCCGCCGUCACCGGAAGAGCUCGAAUCUAUGAGAUCGCCGACGCCGGAUCCAAAAUUACUUUCAUCACUUCCACAACUACCACCACCACCACCACCGGUUCUACCAAAGCCCAAUAAAUCGAAAGUGAGGCGUGUUCUUAGGGGACAAAAAUGUAACUAA